AUAGUUCAGAGUGAAAUACAGUUCAUUCACAUGUCUUUUAUUUCCCUGGUAGACUAAUGAAAAGACAUUAAAAUAAAAUACUUUUUAAUUGCUUUCAAAUUUCGAAAUUACAUGGUGAAUUUGUCAGUUAAAUGAAAUAAACUUUGCUAUAACAAUGUCUGCAUACGUGGUGUUUUUUGUGUAUUCGUCGUUAUGGUGUGUGUUAAAUGGCCAGGAGGCUGCCGAUAUGUUUUAUGCAGAGCCGGAAUUGUUGGAUUUGCCAGAUCCCCAUAAAUGUGCUUAUAGGGAAACUCAUUUAAGAUCACCAGCAGGUGUAAGCUACUACUUAAGUUGGAUGGGAAACAAAGGCAACGAGGAUUGGUACGGCGCGCGAAACUUUUGCCGGAAAAUGUGCAUGGAUUUGGUGUCGCUGGAAACGAAAGUCGAGAACGACUGGAUUAAAAACUGGAUAGAAAAACUUGGAAUUGAUGAAGUAUGGACAUCCGGUAGACUAUGCAACUUUAAAGGCUGUGAACGAAGUGAAAGUCCCCAUUUAUACCCAUUGGAACUUUAUGGUUGGUUCUGGUCAGCUACUGGUGUUUACCUGCACCCCACUGAUGACCCUUUACAUACCGAUUGGUCUUCUGGUGGACCAUAUUUCUUAUCUCAACCUGACAACAGAGAAUUUCAAUACACUGGAAGAGUUGAGGCAUGCAUAGCUAUCAUGAACAACAAAUACAAGGAUGGAAUUGCAUGGCACGAUGAGGUGUGCGAUUUCAAGAAACCUUUCAUAUGCGAAGAGAAUAACGUGAUGAUGGAAUUUGUUAAGAAAGCUGUACCGAGUAUGUUUCUACAUGAGAAAUAUGGCGUACCUGAUCCUGAUAACUACUAAAGUAAUAUAUUACUUUCUUUGACUCAAUAUUGUGACUAAAUUUGUGUGUAAUAAAUGUGAACAAACUUGUA